AUGCUUCUGCCUGAUUUGGUUUCGAUCUUCGAAACGGCCAAAAGUCUCUCCAUAAGUAGCUCAAGAUCUCUCCAUACUCACCGUGAUGAUCCCGUCUUCGCCAACCCGUACCUCGUCUAUCGACCUCCCACCCCGGAAUACGGUGCUAUCGAUGCAGAAGAGCACGAAAACCAGCCUCCUGAAGACCACUUUUCAACCAAAGACCAAAAAUCCUUCCAUUUCUAUGUCCAGAUGGCCUCUCUAGAAGAGCGACAGGUUCAGAAGGAGUGUACCAAUGGUCCAGAACUCGAUGCAGCGUUCCAAAAUCGCCUUUUAAGAGGACUCUUCCUUGAGGUGUUUAGGAACCAGCAUAAGAUGUGGAAAAGAGUGUCAGAAAGGGAAGUAAUGGGUCACUACCUUCAUAUUCUCGACCCGCUUAUUGAGGAGACCGAUUGA